AUGGCGAACUCCGCCACCGCGAGCCUCCUUUGCACCGCCGCGUUCUUGCUGUCUGCAUGGUCGGCCUCCGGCGGGGCCCUCAACGUCAAGGACUUCGGCGCCAUUGCUGACGGCCGGAGCGACGCCGCCGGCGCGGUGCUCGCUGCCUGGGCCGCCGCCUGCUUCAGCGACGGCGUUACCGCUGUGCUCGUCCCCGCCGGGAACUUCCUCGUGGGGCCGGUGGCCCUGAGGGGCCCCUGCAAAGGGCCGAUGACUUUCCGGUUAGAGGGGACGGUGAAGGCCCCCGCUGACCCCGCCGCCUUCUCCGAUGAGUACUGGAUAAGCUUCGAGAGCAUUGACCAGCUCACCGUGAAUGGCGGCGGGACCUUCGACGGCCAAGGAGCCACCGCCUGGUCUCGCGGCGGCUGCACCGGCGCCUCCAAAUGUAGAAUCCCCCCCGUAGUGAGUAAUCCUAAGUCAACGAUGGAUUUUUUUCCUGUUUUCAUUAUCGGUGAGUUUCACCUAUAUCAAAAUAUAAUGUUCUACGUAGUCUUUACAGGAUAAUUCCAAGUCAACGACCGAUAUUUUUUCCUUCUUUUCAUGAUCCGUGAGAUUCAUUUACACCCAAACAGAAUGUCCUACGGGGUCUUUAAAGGAUAAUUCUACGUCAAAGACCGUUGCUUUUUUUCUUUUCCAUAGUUGCUGGGAUUCAGGUACAUCAAAACAUAAUGUUCCACAGUUUUUACAGGAUAAUUCUAAGUCAAGCCCGAUGUUUUUUCUCUUCUUCUCAUCGUCAGUGAGAUUCAGAUAGAUCAAAACAGAAUGUUCUGUUUCAUGGAAUAAUUCUAAGUCAACGCCUUAUGUUUUUUCUCUUCUUCUCUUAGUCCGUGAGAUUGAGCUGCAUCAAAACAGAAUGUUCUACUCAGUUUUUAUGGGAUAAUUCUAAGACAACGCCUGAUGUUUUUUCUCUUCUCAUAGUCCGUGAGAUUCAACGACAUCAAAACUGAGUGUUCUACACAGUUUUUAUGGGAUAAUUCUAGAUCAACGAUAAAUGCUUUUUCUGUCCAUAGUCGGCGAGAUUCAGCUACAUCAAAACAUAAUGUUCUACAGAUUUUCACAUGAUAAUUCUAAAUCAACGUCGGACAUUUUUUUUCUCCUUCUCGUAGUCUGUGAGAUUCAGCUUCGUCGAAACAUAAUGCUCUAUAGAGUUUUUACAAGAUAUAAUUCCAAGUCAACACCAAUGAAUGUUUUCUUCUUCUUCUGCUUCUCACAGUCGGUGAGAUUCAGCUUUGUCAAGUGGGCGACCAUCGACGGGAUCUCCUCCAUUGACAGCAAGUUCUUCCACAUUCUGAUAUCAGACUCUGAGCACAUCACUGCCCAGUUCCUCACCGUCACCUCGCCGGCGGACAGUCCCAACACCGACGGCGUCCACAUCACACGCUCCAGCGACAUCACUGUCGCCCACUCCACCGUGCGCAGCGGCGACGACUGCGUCUCCGUGGGGCCCGGCGCCGCCGGGCUCCUGGUGGUCAACGUCACCUGCGGGCCGGGGCACGGGAUUAGCGUGGGCAGUUUGGGGAGGUACGAGAAGGAGGAGGACGUGAAGAACAUCACGGUGAAGAACUGCACCGUACAAGGGACGCAGAACGGGGUAAGGAUCAAGACAUGGAGGUCGAAUUACGCGUCGUCGGCGUAUAAUAUUACGUUCGAGGAUGUUGUGGUGAAGGAUGCUGCGAACCCUAUCAUCAUCGAUCAGUAUUACUGCCCUCAUCUCUCUUGCAAUGACCAGGUGCGUUUCUCUCUCUAUCUCUCUUCCUACUCCCCUUCCUGGGUUUGUGAUGAUCUCUAUCGCUACUGCUACCUUCAUCUCUCUUGCAACGACUAGAUAGGUUCUCUCCACGGUCUGACUCUAUGAGUUUCUCCCUUCCCUCUUCCCUAUCCUCCCUCCAUGAUUAUCCCUCCAUCCCUUUAUCUCUUUCCUUCAACCUCUCUCCCUCUCUCUCUCUCUCUCUCGCUUUUCGUCUCUCAUCGAUUUAAUUACACAUUUACGCAUGGUCAAAGCAACAUAGAUCAAUUGCAGUGGUCUCACGAUCUUCGUGAAUACCAUUUUUCUUUCUUUCUCUCUCUCUCUCUCGCUCUCGCUCUAGAUGCGUCUACUUCAAACAGUCCUCAUAUGCCCAUCUUACUGCAGCCUCCUUCUCGGGUGAGCAUCAGCAGCGUUAACUUCUGGAACAUAAGGGGCACUUCGGCCACGAAGACCGCGGUCAACCUCAUGUGCAGCAGCGCCAACCCCUGCCGCGACGUUGAUCUCCGAGACGUUGACAUCUACUACGAGGCGGGCAACAAACCAGUCUGCGAAUUCUCCAAUGUCAAGCCCAUCUCCUCCGGCAUUAUGCAGCCUGCCUGCUCUCCUUCUCAUGCGUAA